AUGAAGACCCACGAUUUAGACGAAAGGAAUUCGUCGUCGUGCGAAUCUAAGAUUGCGUCGCAAUUAGAUCAAAGCUAAGAAAUUGCUUAAUUACGUGGAAAAUCGAUCAAAUGGAUACCUAUCAUCAGACAUCGAUGGCCAGAGAUUCAAAAAUUCCUCGGCAGAUUUUGCCGAUCCCACGCGCACUCUCGUGGUAAUCACAGGGGACAAACGAGAGAUUUCUAGAUACUGCGAUUUUAUUUCCGAGACCGCAGAUAACCGAGGCGGCCCGAAAGUCGAUCCCGGACAGAGUUCGAGUGAUAAAAUUGCGGUAUUAAGUCGUUCGGCUUUAUGUGUAUUCUCUGAAGUCUCUCGAUGUUCGUCCAGGCCUCGUGGAACUGGAUGGCCGACCUCCUCUUCCUCUACCCUGUCAUUAGACGAUAUUCGGUUCGAGACAAUCGUAUUCCACGGUCCUGUUUCUUUCGCCACCCCUUCUUUAAACUCGAGAAUUCAUUUCUCUUCCUUUCUUCCUUUGCUUCCUUUUUUCUAACGUAGCGAGCUAGAACUCUCGUGUUUCACCUUAUGAAUUGUUUCUAGCGCCCUUGACAAGAUCAUCGUUCAAGGAUACAAAGCGUUGCAACUGCAGUACUUCUUCACGGCGGGGCACGACGAAGUGAAAGCAUGGACCAUUCAGGUAAACUCGUAACUUCAGUGCGAAUUAAUCUCGACGAUAUUGAACAAGUUACAGAGAAUUAUUUUUCUGUGUCGAUAUCUAUAUGUCUGUGGGUCGUUUAUUAUUUCAGAAAGGCACGAAAGCACCUCAGGCUGCUGGGAAGAUUCACACGGACUUCGAGAAGGGAUUCAUCAUGGCCGAAGUUAUGAAGUUUGACGAUUUUAAGAACGAAGGAUCGGAAGCGGCAGUAAAAGCUGCCGGGAAAUACAGGCAACAGGGGCGCAACUACGUGGUCGAGGACGGCGACAUCAUCUUCUUCAAAUUCAACGCCGGUGCUGGAUUGAAGGACGCGAAGAAAAAGUGAUGGCACGUUUUGCUCAUGUUGUUGCUCGUUCAUUUGUACAUCAACAUGAUCGCCAUGUUCUGUUGUACGCGCGACAUGCGCAUAAAACGAUCGAAAUCGCUUUCCGACACCCCUUGAAGUUUCACCUGUUUUUUUUCUUUCUUUUUUUUUUU